AUGGUCUCCUCCGGGACAUUCGAGACGGACUUUCCUAUCGUAGCGGGACAUGGGGGUGUAGGGGAAGUGGUGGAUAUGGGUGAAGAGGCAAGGAAAGAUGGAUGGAAGGUUGGUGAGAGGGUAGGGGCGUUAUUGAAUUCUGGUGGAUGUGGCAAUUGUGGUGAAUGUAGAUAUUACAGUAAACGAUACUGCUCGGAAGCGUCAAUGUUGGGAUUGAAAGGUGAAAAUGGCUAUGAGCAGGCAGCCCCAUUGACAUGCGCGGGAGUGACGAUCUAUUCAGCUAUUCAGAAACUCGACCUUGCUCCUGGGGAACUACUCCUUGUCUCUGGGUUGGGAGGUCUGGGUAGUCUGGGCGUACAAAUUGCUAAAGCCAAGGGCUUGAAAGUGAUCGGAGCGGAUGUCAAACAACAUGCACAUGAUUAUCUCUUGAGCCUUCCGCAAAAGUUCCAACUUGAUCUGCUUCUCAAUCCCAAAUACGACAAAGACCAAGACCUAUCAUUGGAGAUGGGAGCGUUAAGGAAUGAGGGAUACGAUUCUUUCGAUGGCGUAGAUGCCGCUAUAAUUUGUACCGACUCCCCCUCUGCAAUUCUUAUGCCAUAUCUUUACUCAGACCCCACUCGAAUCAUAGGUACCUUGAACGGUACUCGAGAUCAGCUCAAGGAGACGACGGAGUUAUGUGCGAGAGAGGGAAUCAAGAGUAAUAUUCUCAUUGAGAGGUGGGAUGAAGGAAAGGGAGUGGAGAGAAUUAUGAGUGGACAUGGGAGGGGUAAAGGGGUGGUGAAAAUGUGA